GAGCUGGGUGUUGCCUCUGAGCUCCAGUCAGGGUCUCCAGUUGAGACAGAACAGUCCGCCGCUCGCCCGCCGCCGUCCUCUCUCCUCUACACCGACGACACGUCUACCGAGCACCAUGGGAGUCGAAGGCUGCACCAAAUGCAUCAAGUAUAUGCUCUUCUUCUUCAACUUCAUCUUCUGGCUGGCAGGAGGUGUAAUCCUGGGUGUGGCCCUGUGGCUGAGACAUGACCACAAGAUCAGCAGCCUGCUGGAGCUUAAAUUAGAUGAAGCCCAUGCCCCCAGCACCUUCUACAUCAGUGUCCACAUUCUGAUUGCUGUCGGUGCAGUGAUGAUGGUUGUCGGUUUCCUUGGGUGCUAUGGUGCCAUUCAGGAGUCCCAGUGUCUACUGGGAACGUUCUUUGCCUGCUUGGUCAUCCUGUUCGCCUGUGAAGUUGCAGCUGGCAUCUGGGGCUACAUGCACAAAGACACUGUUUCGAAGGAGAUGAUAAACUUCUAUGACUCCGUCUAUGACAAGGCGGUGACACAGAGCCUCACUGACCAGAACCAAAAGAAGACUGUCGCCUCUGUACUCAAGGUCUUCCAUGAGACGCUGAACUGCUGCGGUAAAGGCCAGGGGACUUCUAUUCUGACGCAAUUCACAGACAAGCUUGGUCUGACGGACAUCUGCCCCAGCCAAGGAUAUUCAAUUAGUUGCCACAGCAGGAUCCAGGAAUUGUUCUCAGACAAGAUUUACUUGAUUGGUAUUGCUGCUCUGGUGGUUGCAGUUAUUAUGAUCUUUGAGAUGAUUUUCAGCAUGGUGUUGUGCUGCGGGAUCCGCAACAGCCCUGUGUACUGAAGCAAUGGGCUGCCAGGAGACUUGAUAAGAAAGGAAGAACGAUCACACUAUCUCCCUUUUUUCUUUUAUAACCAGGAAAUGUCACAUAUAUAAUUGCUUGCUGGAUUUAGUCAGCUCUUUAAGACAGUGUAAACCUUCUUCCAUUGAGCAUUUUAUCACACUGUCGAUGAAUUUUUGUUAGUCACAGAUACUGUUAUGCAUUUUAGACCAGAGCUAUCCUUACAUGAUAUGUAGAUAUUGUAUCACACUAUCACACAUCAAUUACAUUCACCAGUCAAGGUGCUGUAAUCCUUUAGUGAUUGAUUAGUUGUUUACUGCUUUUUGCCUAUGAACCUGCCCUUAUAUUCUUGGUUUUAUGGAUGUUAUUUCACUGUUUUAUGUAUAAACUGUAUAUAAAUAUAUGUUGACAGUGCUUUAUGUCUGCCUGAGCAUGGAUAUUAUAUUACAUUAGAUCUUCCUCCAGUAUUUUCCUGUAUUCUCUGCUCGUUAGACUUGCUCCAUAUUGAACCAGAUGAGUAUGACCAGCACUAGUGAAGCACUGGGGUUGGCCUCACCGCAUAGAGACACACACAAACACACUUUGUUGUCUUAUAUUGUUUUGGUUCACAUUCAUAUCGCUGUGUGAUGUCUGCUGGAAUUGAACCAGUUAAUCUGGAAGCUGGAACCAAAGUCAGUGACCUGAUGUCUGACUAUGUGGUUAUUUUUUUAAAAAUAUUUUUACUUUUUUUUUUUUAUUAUUUUGUUGUUGUUCAUCAGGCGUCCAAAACGUUUAUGUCUGUGCACUUAUUUUAGGAUCAUCUUUCCCAAAUCAGAUGACUUUCAUUCAAAUAUAUGUAUGUAUGCCUUUAACUGUAAAUGUAGUGGUCAUUUAUGCAUCCAUGUAUGAAUCAUGUGCUUUUUCAUACAAACGUGUUGACUGUACUCGUAUCAAGCCAAUUGUCCCUAGUUGCUCAACCCUGUAGGGAAUUGCUUUUUUGCUGAAGUAAGACGGAAUUGCAUCCUAUAGCAAAUGAAGAGGAGAAAGAGCUUUGGUUUAGUGUUCUGAAUCUAGGCUGCCCUGCCUGGUUGAGUCUAGUUCUGUCUUAUCUGGCAUGGUUAUGUCAUUGUUGUUGUACUGUUCCUCCGGCUUCACAGCAUAUUAGCUCUCAUCACCUUUCAUGUAAUAACUGUUCAUCGUGCAGGGUCAGAACAGGUCCAGUGUGGUUUUAUUGUACCAUUUGGCCUCUGUUCUGAUUCUGUUCAUACUAAAUCCAGUCGCCACUGAUACAUGUAACUGCACAGCACUAACUCAUCACACAUCAACAUGCACUCACAUUAAAUCAUUGCAUCCUGUGUAACCUUCCAUAUAACCUUAGCUUUUGUCAACCAAUUAAGACCUUGCCUUGUUUACAACUCACACUUAAACUGAGAAACAGUUAAAGUGUCGUACAGCUCUCAUGUAUUGUACUAAUGAAAAUAAUGAAGGUUGUAGAAAAAUAAUGUACUCGAAUGCCUUUUUUCUCUUUGUAUUGUGAUAUCUGUGUGUGUGGUACGUCAUCAAAGGAGUCUGGAUAGAAAGGGUGGAAGAUUUAGUGGCAGUGCCAGCUGAGAGGAAGCUAAACCCUUCUACAAAUCAGCUAAUUGCUCCCUAAAUCAUUCAAAUCAUGCAUGACAACACGCAUCAGUCCAGUAUUGAGGGACGACUUAAUGUUUCCUUGACAGUGUUGUUCAUAUUGCUGUCUUUUGAAUUUGGAAACUGCCACUCAGGACCCACUGCCACUUCAAUCUUAACCCUUCUACUCAUGUAGACUUUGGUUUGCCCAAGUAUAAAGGGAUUAAAUGUAUUUUACAAAUAACUAA